AUGCUAGCGUACUUGGAGAUGUGGGCUAGAGCAGAGCGCAGGGGGGGGGGGGUGGGGUGGGGGUGGGGGGAGGGGGGGGGGGGGGGGGGGGGGGGGGGGGGGGGGGGGGGGUGGGGGGGGGGGGGUGGGGGGGGGGGGGGGGGGGGGGGGUGGGGGGGGGGGGGGGGGGGGGUGGGGGGGGGGGGGGUGGGGGGGGGGGGGGUGGGGGGGGGGGAGGGGGGGGGGGGGGGGGGGGGGGGGGGGGGGGGGGGGGGGGGGGGGGGGGGGGGGGGGGGGGGGGGGGGCGGGGGGGGGGGGGGGGGUGGGGGGGGGGGGGGGGGGGGGUGGGGGGGGGGGGGGGGGGGGGGGGGGGGGGGGGGGGGGGGGGGGGGGGGGGGGGGGGGGGGGGGGGGGGGGGGGGGGGGGGGGGGGGGGGGGGGUGGGGAGGGGGGGGGUGGGGGGGGGGGGUGGGGGGGGGGGGGGGGGGGGGGGGGGGGGGGGGGGGGGGGGGGGGGGGGGUGGGGGGGGGGGGUGGGGGGGGGGGGGGGGGGGGGGGGGGGGGGGGGGGGGGGGGGGGGGGGGGGGGGGGGGGGGGGGGGGGGGGGGGGGGGGGGGGGGGGGGGGGGGGGGGGGGGGGGGGGGGGGGGGGGGGGGUGGGGGGGGGGGGGGGGGGGGGGGGGGGGGGGGGGGGGGGGGGGGGGGGGGGGGGGGGGGGGGGGGGGGGGGGGGGGGGGGGGGGGGGGGGCCUGGGGGGGGGUGGGGGGGGGGGGGGGGUGGGGGGGCGGGGGCGGGGGUGGGGUAUUGUAG